UCGCGUCUUUUCUCCUUUUUGUUGGUCUGUCAUUUGUUCUAGGGGGAGGAAGAACCUGCUUGUGUAAUCAAGGAAGAGUGUAUCACGCUCCUCCUAGUCUACCGGGGGAAGGAUUAUGGCCCGUUUAGAAAUAAGGCUUUCCCCACAAGUGUCACUUGGCACUCUGGUUAAAGGCUAGAGUGACGCAAUGAACAAAAGGGUGCGUGUGGCCUUCUAAGAAAGCAGAGUUUAUCAUGUGGGCAACUUGCUGCAACUGGUUCUGCCUGGAUGGACAGCCUGAGGAGGUCCCACCACCCCAGGGAGCCAGAGCACAGGCCUAUUCCAACCCUGGGUACAGCUCCUUCCCUUCCCCAACGGGCUCGGAACCCAGCUGCAAGGCCUGUGGGGCCCACUUCGCAAGCACAUCCCGGAAGCAGACCUGCUUGGACUGUAAGAAGCAUUUCUGCAUGACCUGUUCAAGCCAAGAGGGGAACGGGCCCCGCCUCUGCCUCCUCUGCCAACGGUUCAGAGCCACAGGCUUUCAGCGGGAGGAGCUUAUGAAGAUGAAAGUGAAGGACCUGAGGGACUACCUCAGCCUCCAUGACAUCUCUACCGAAAUGUGCCGCGAGAAAGAAGAGCUGGUGUUCUUGGUGCUUGGUCAGCAGCCCGUAAUCUCUGAGGAGGCCAGGACUCAUGUCCCCACCUUAUCCCCGGACUUCCCUGAGCAGCAGGCCUUCCUGACUCAGCCUCACCCCUGCACAGUACCUCCUACCUCACCAAGCCUCCCUGCUUCACCUGCACAAGCCACCUCUGUUUCCCUGGCCCAGGCUCAGGAGCAUCAGCAGGCCAAUGGUCAUGUGUCUCAGGACCAAGAAGAGCCGGUCUACCUGGAAGGCACAGCUAGAGCACCUGCUGAGGAGGAGACCCAGUCCAUUGACUCAGAGGACAGCUUCGUCCCAGGCCGGAGGGCCUCACUGUCCGACCUGACCCACCUGGAGGACAUUGAAGGCCUAACAGUGCGGCAGCUAAAAGAGAUCCUGGCUCGCAACUUUGUCAACUACAAGGGCUGCUGUGAGAAGUGGGAGCUGAUGGAGAGGGUGACACGGCUGUAUAAGGAUCAGAAAGGACUCCAGCAUCUAGUGUGUGGUGCUGAAGACCAAAACGGAGGAGCCGUGCCAUCUGGCUUAGAGGAGAACCUGUGUAAGAUCUGCAUGGACUCACCCAUUGACUGUGUUCUGCUCGAGUGUGGACACAUGGUAACCUGUACCAAGUGUGGCAAGCGCAUGAAUGAAUGCCCCAUCUGCCGGCAAUAUGUGAUUCGAGCUGUGCACGUCUUCCGAUCCUGAGGGCUUGUACUGGCUGCUUUAGUGCCUUACAGGGAUCUAGCCCAGGGUGGCUGGGCUCAGGGUUGGUCACCUUGUAGAGACGAGCUAACAGAAGAAAUUUUUCAGUGUUCCCAAGACCAGGGCAAGCAAAGAUGCUGUGUUAUCCCUGGGCGUGCUAGUCUGGUACAGGUGUCCCUCCUGGCUGGCAGAGUAGCUUAGGCCAGUGGGAACUGCUACAGAUCACGUGGGUGAGUGCCUGCUUCAGUGACCUUGGGAGUAUGGACGGGAAUUGAUGAGCAGAGGACUCCACAACUUGGACCAUGUCUUCCUUCCUCUGAGAACCUAGAAAAUUUUUACUCUUCUGUACCCCGCUCAUCCCCUGAAAAUGCCUGCCUGCACUUGGCCAAUCAGAAGUCUACUAGAAAUGGUUCCUUCCUCUUCUGCACAUCUGGAUUUAAAUUUCUGGUUUCUCUAGCUUUCUGUGCUUUAACAUCUUUAAAGUCUCUU